GGUAAGCUUUCUUAGUUCUUGCUGAAGUCUUGUGUAGAAAUCAAAAGUCACACCAGAUCCAAAAUCUCCUGUGGAGCUAAAAAAUUUCGGUAUCUUUACUGCCAAGAAUACAAAGGUGGUGAAGUUAACAGCUGAGAAUAAAUUUCGUAAUACUAGAUUUAACAAUUCUUCCUAUUUUCCGAAACCUAGAGCAGCUAGUAAUCCUAAAAGCAGACUCAACUCAAUGAAAACAUCCUUUGAGAAAUUAAGACACAGGCCUCGGGCUUUGAAUUACUUUCAGAAUUCCUCUCAAUAUAAUUUCUUGCAAGAACUUUCUGAAGGCUCUCCGGAUCCAAGCUCGAGAAAUAGAUCAGUCAUGCACAAACGAAUCAACAAGUUAAGGUCUUGCUUGCUCACUAAUUACAAAGUUGAUGGUUGCCAUUCCUCUUUGAACGAAGUUAUUAAAGAAAAUCAACAGCUCAGAGCUUUGAACCAAAAAUUAGUUGACAAACUCGAAGAUGCUGAUAAAUAAAUUGUUCAGUGCAGUCACAGAUGCAGUAAUGGGAAAACCUAUUAUGAGGCAGUUGACUGGCACUAGCUACUCAUUUGCUUUAAAGCAGUCUCAGAUGGCAGCAAAUGAUAUAAAAGCAAAUACAAAUAAACUUAUCAGAGAACUCAAGCUCUCUUUCACAGAACAAAUUGAGGAGCUUCAAGAACAACUAGCGUCAGUGAGUCAUGAAUGCGUUAAGCAUCAGGAGAAUCACCAAAAAGUCCUACAAGAUUUCUCAAACUACAUCAGAAACACAACUGUGAUCAUUAAGCAGCAGAAACUGUUCAAGUGGAAAGCCAGGAACAGAGCAGCUAUUAAGAAUGACCAGAAGAAAGCUAAAGAGCUUGCCCAGGAAUCAGCUGCGAUCAAAAACAUAUUCUCAGGCAUGGCCAAGAAGAUAGAAGAGCAGAGGUAAAAAUAUUAUAGAUCUCUCCAGAGAGCUGGAGAUAUACAAAGGAGGCAACAAGAAAGUCCAGGAUAUUGACAUCAAUGUGCUACACACUAAACUGGCUUCUCUCCAGUCCAAGCUUGAUUACUCUGAGAAAUGGAGGAAUGCUCUGGAAGAAGCACUGGCUAAAGCCUUAAAUACUAAGAGAAAAGAUGUCAAAAUGGCAACUAAGCCUGGAGACCCUUUGAAUUUGAAAUAACCUAACUGGGAAGAAUGUCAUGACCAAAAGUGGAAGAAUGAAUAUCCCUAACAAGAAUUUUCCAGUAAAACUAGAAUUGUUUGAAUAUGAAAAACCUGAAUCCCCAGCAAAGAACUAUGAGAAGAGGAGUUCCUUCAAAGAAAGACCUGAGUAUGAAAAAGCAUUGCAGAAUGAGUUCAAUUUUCCAGAAUAAAAUUCAACUUGUA